AUGCGGGCAGCACUCGCUGUAGCAAGGGAGCUGCUGCGGUGCCGGCUGAUGGAGAGCGGCCGGUGCGUGCUGCUGGAACGCGUUGCUGAGCUGCUGGACGCGACGGCCUCGGGAGCGCUACCUUUCUGCUAUCCGCUCCCUUCUCAGGCCGUUACAGGGACUCAUGGCGGGCCUCGCCGCAACCACGCGCCGUCAGGCGCGCAUGGGGGCUUCGUGAACACCAGUGCGGCUGGCGGCGCCGGGGGCUCCCCCGCCCCCGUGCCGCCCACGACAAGCAUGGGCACAAGCGUCGCCUCCCAUGGCCCAAGUGGGAUGCCGCGCUAUCAUCCUCAGGACGCCACGCUAGGCCGGGCAACGUGGAGUGUGGGGCACUACGGCGAGGUGUUCGGCCCCGGAAGCUUACGUGCCCCGCAUGAUGGACCAGGAGUCACGGCGUCGGUCGACGGCACCGGCGCAGCAGCAUCCUUUCCACCGGGGGAAACACGCUGGGGGCUGUGCGGAGGGAGCCAGGAGCAGGCCCCCUCCCCACGCUGCGCGAAGCCGAGUGACGUCUGGAGGUAG